AAUACAUUAAAGUAAUAGUCGAGUAUUAUCAGUUUAUUAGCUACAAUUUUUUUUUUGAAAUGUUUUUUAUAACAUGUGUAUUUUAACACAUCUCCAGUAGGGGCGGUAUUGAAUAUUUUGGACAUUGAACGCCUAACAUUAAGUCAAACGAAGAAGAACUCGAACUAAAGAAGAAGAGCGUGAAAACGGCACAUAACGGCCUGACGCAGUUAUUAGAUGGUUGUGUAUAUUAGGAUAUACUAUGAAGUAAUGGUUAACUGUAACGGACUUUGGAUGGUGUUCUCCAAAGCCUCCACGGCGGUGUACAAGGUCUGUGUUCUGUAUGCGAUUACCAGGUAGUAGCCGAGUGUAACUGCUGCGUGCUGUUAACUGCAGUUUAUCGGUCUUCAUUUCCUGAAGAGGAAUGCAACAGCCACUGAGCUCCACUUCCUCUUAGGCUCACUGGAUGAACAUGCACUUCGUUUUUUACGACAAAAGUCUGUUGUGUAUUUUAAACUAACAGUUAUCUGUAGUCAUGGCAAACAACUUUGUAAAGACUUUUGUGCAUAUGUGCAAUUACCUCCAAGACCCCUGCCAUGUAGCGCGGUUUCAAAAAUUCUGCGGCGUUAAAGGGACAUUUCCGGUUAAACCGAUCAAGUCGGACAGUGGACAACCGGAGCCGGACUUACCCGGGCUGAGGAAGAGGGUCCAACAAGGGGGGCAAUGCCCUGAUGGUGAUGUUGGGAAUGGAGCAACCGGGGAUGCGAGCGCAUCGCUGGUUAAUGGGAUGCAGGGUGACAAAACCCUCAGGCCCGAUGGUACAUCUGCAACGGCUGGUGUCGACUCAGACACCGCCAGAGCGAAACCCCUCCGGAAAAACUCCCUAACCGGAGAUGUGGGUCAGGAGUUCCUGGUCCACAACAAGUUUCUGUUUUACCUGUUCACGUUUGGGACGGAGCUGGGCAACGAGAUGUUCUUCAUCAUUUUCUUCCCGUUUCUCUUCUGGAACAUCGACGCCUUGGUCAGCCGGAGACUCAUCGUUGUCUGGGCCUGGAACCUGUUCGUGGGUCAGUCCACCAAGGAUAUGGUUCGUUGGUCCCGACCGGCGUCCCCUCCUGUGGUGAAAGUGGAGGUCUUCUACAACUCCGAGUACAGCAUGCCGUCUACACACGCCAUGACGGGGACAGCCAUCCCCUUCUGUCUCUUCAUGCUGACCUACGGACGGUGGCAGUACCCAUUCCUCUUUGGCCUUUGUGUGGCUCUCAGCUGGAGCGUCCUGGUCUGUGUGAGCAGAGUCUACAUGGGGAUGCAUUCUGUUCUGGAGGUAAUCACUGGAUUCCUGUACAGUCUUCUCAUUCUAGCCUUCUUCCAGCCAAUUUUGGGCAAGAUUGACACGUUCUACAUGAUGGGCCACUAUGCUCCCCUUGUGAUUGUCAUGUCACAUGUGAGCCUGGGACUUGUGGCUUUCACUCUGGAUUCCUGGAGCACUUCUCGGGGCGAUACAGCUCAGGCUCUGGGCACCGGGGCAGGAGCUGCUUUGGCUACAUAUGUGAACUAUCAGCUGGGGCUGCUUUUGGAUCCACCGCUGUCCUCACUUCCUCUGACUUUACCACCACUCAGCACUAACUUGGUGGUUCUCUCCCUGCUGCGUUUCCUGAUCGGAGUUGUUGUCCUCCUCGUCACGAGAAUGGUUAUGAAAGCAGUGACUAUUCCGUUCUUAUGUCGUCUGUUCGGGCUGCCUUCAGAUGAUGUAAGACAGGCAAGGCAGCACAUGAAAGUAGAGUUGCCAUACCGUUACAUUGUCUACAGUGUUGUUGGUUUUAGUUGUGUGUGUGUGGUGCCUCUCCUCUUUAGGAUCUUAAACCUAACCUGAGUGUUGUGUGCAAACUCAUUUACUGCGGGCACUUGGAAACAUGCUGCUUGUCUUGACACAAAAUAAAGUGUUAGUUUCUGCACGGCAGAAACUGAUUUAAAGGGUAAAUGUGGUGAUAUUCUGUAUUUUUUUUGUAUUGUCAGUAAAUAUUGCCUCUCUGCCACAGAGCUCCACUGUCCCCCAGAAACUUAUCAAUAAUCUGCACUGUUGCAUUGACAUGUUCCUUCAUCAUGAUGAGUAUGGGCUUUGUAGUUUAUUUUGAGCCCACAUUGAUCAUUCCCAUUCUUUAAAUACACACUCUUUGUAUUGACCUGUCGAUGAAAAUAGUACACAACAAAUACUUUAUUUACUCUUGUUUGAGUGUCAGUAGUUGAAAGAUACAGUAACCAGGGAAUAGGGAAUAAUUUGACAAAGGAAAGUAUAUAUUUGUGACUUAUUUUUAAGAUUCACCAUUGGGUGCAUUGCCCAGAGGCCACACACUGGAAGCAGUUGGACAGUAUUACAGAGACGGAUUAAAGCAGUGCUGCUUUUGGUCUUUUCUUGAGAAUUGUUGUUGAAUACUACAGAACAUCACCAGUCUUAUCCUUUAAGAUCCACCUGUGGUCGACGCAUUUAAGUGUUAACUGGAACUUUGCAUAUACAAAGAUGUACUGUAGUGACGCUUGAAUUUAUUAAUCAGGAAUCUAUUGUACAUUUCCAUCGUUUGAUUGAAAUAUAUAAUAACAUGUUUUUGGAGAAUUCAGUGAUCUCAGAAUAAACCAAACCACCAAUCUGUAACGUGUAAAAUCACUUCUCAGUUAUUGCAGUGUUUAAAUCUAAUCAGCCUGGAAGCCUUGAGUUACCGUUUUUAAGCUAACGGGCGUCUGUAGCUACCCGGUCACUAUUUAAAUCUAGCAGACUCAUACUUUUUUCCUGUUGUGUCAUUAUAUCUUGUCUGCAUUACCAUAGUCAGCAUUAUUUUCCCCCUCCUUUUUUGUACAUUUUUGUCCUUGUUUGCAAAACAUUAGCAUAUUUAGUCCAAAUGUAAGUUAAUUACUCUGAGUAAUUAUUUGAAAGCAUACAAUUAAAAUACCAGAUAUUUUUGAUAAACUAUUUUGCCAUCAUAACUAACUUGAGCUGAAUUGUUGCUUUAGGAAAAAAAAAAAAAAAAGUUAAGCUUUAUUAUUCAUUCUUGCUUUCUAUGAAUUUAUUCAGGAGACAUUUCUGCUGCCCCUCCAGUAUAAACAAAAGCAAUUUUAAAAUGUGUGUAAAUGUUUAACUGUUUGUUAUUUGCUGUUGUAAUGUUCAUAAUCAAAAGUACCAAUGGAAUAUUUAUAGGUCCAUUUUUUCAUCUUAUUUUCUGUUAUGCAAGGACUGUAUCUAUUGGAAAAGUAAAGAGACUAAAAUAUUCCAAAAUAAAUAAGAUUUUGAAUCCAUUUUAUUUCCAGAAUCUUUCUUGCAAUAAAAUAUCAUAAGAGGGCAAAUCAAA